ACAGUCAUUUGUAAUUUAUUGCUCAAGCUCAAACGAUUUAAUUCGUGAAAAGUUCUCUUAAAUAAUUAGAAAAAUGUUGAAAAUGAUGUUGGUCUUGAUUUUUGUAAUUUAUGGAGUUUAUUUAGCUCCAGUGAAUUUUAAAGAAAUGGGAGAUGAAAAUUUGAUCAGUGACGUUGAUAUGAUCGAAGAUUUCAUCCCUCAGGAUUUGUCGGAAUCACCAACACGUGUUAAGAGAUUCAAUGCAAAGAAGCAUCCUUACCUCCGAUGGCCCAAUAAAACUGUUCCUUACUGGAUCAACAUGACAUUUUACACUUCUGAACAUGUACAACAAAUCGAGAAAGCAAUGCGAGAAAUUGAGAAUGUCACAUGUGUGAAGUUUGUCAGACGAACUUACCAUCAUGACUAUGUCACGUUCACUGGUGACACUGGAGGUUGUUCAUCAUACGUUGGGCGUCUUAAUGCCGAACAAUUAGUCAAAUUGAAGCCGUCAAAAGUGGGAACAGGUUGUUUUAAGCUUACUACGAUUAUGCAUGAACUUAUGCACACGUUGGGAUUCGUUCACACCCAAAUAAGUGCAAAUCGGGAUGAUUAUGUCAAAAUUAUGUGGGAGAAUAUCGAUAAAUCUAACCACAAACAAUUGAAAGUCUUUUUAAAACGAGAUGAAGUUGUCGAUUUUGGUCUUGGUUAUGAUUUUGAUUCAAUUUUGCAUUACAAUUCGAAAGGAUAUUCAACAAAUGGAAAACCAACGAUUGUUGCAAAAGAUCCCAGCAUAAAUCCUAGUCGAAUGGGACAACGAAAACAUUUAAGUGAAGGCGACAUUAAGAGAAUAAAAAUGUAUUACAGUUGCGAAGAUGAACCAAAAACAAUUUCGUUAAAUAAUCAGAGAAACCUUACCGGGGCUUCGGUCCCCACCUUUCUACCUUUUCCGGACCAGGUGAACGGGACGUUCCGGUCGGUUUUCAACGGACCUAAAACAGAGCUCGGAACACGGACCGAAGUCACGAGUGUUACAUCAAAUCAGCCUAUUCGUCUACAGAGGUUGCUUUUCUUUUACCCAAACGGAACUGAACGUGUCCUUCCUUUGUUCGGAUUGAAAUGGAACCAGUGGAACAAGAAAUUAUGAGAAAAAAUUUUUAUAACUAACAUUUUUUAUUUUAAUGAAUGAAUUUUUACUACAUAAAAUAAACGUUCAACCACCC